UCAUUCUUUCAUGAUGACUUAAGGAACUUCACUGAUGUUGGAGGAGGUGUUCACUGGGUGUUGGGGCUUCCGUUCCAGCUUUCGUUCAACUCAUGGUGAUGUAUCUACAAGUAUGAUCCUGACGCCUGGAUCUGUUAUUGAUUUUCUGCUAGCUAACCAGAACGCACGUGAACAUUGUUACAUUGACUGGGCAAAGGCCAAAAGAAUGCUAAAAAACAUAAGAAUUAAGACAAGACACAACAGGGAGUUCAAGAUCAUAGGUUUGAGUGACAAGCCUUGCAAGCAGCUGUUUUUCUCACUGAAAGUGAAAAACAGUGAUGGUUCCUAUGAUGGAGGACAGACUACGGAGAUUACGGUAUACAAGUAUUUUUCCAAACAUCGGAAUAUUGAACUUACUUAUUCUGCAUAUAUGCAUUGCCUUGAUGUUGGUAAACCGAAACAGCCAAACUAUCUGCCACUGGAGUUUGGCAGGCUAUGGGAAACUACCGUGAUGAUGAUGAUCCCCUCCUUGUUGCUUUUGGCAUUUCAAUUGAGAAACAACUCACCCAAGUUGAUGGUCAGGUCCUUGAGGCACCCCAAGUUGAAGGUUGGUAACAGUGAAGAUUGCUUCCCACAUAAUGGACAAUGGAAUUUCAAUUACAAGGUAUCACCAAUAGCUGCAUUAAAGUUUCAGCUGUAUGGAUUGUUUUGGUGGUCUUCAGGUAUCACCAAUAGCUGCCUUUGGAUUUCUUUCUUUUAUAAUCUCGACAAUGUGUUGCAUUCCAAAAGGUAUUCACUUUUUUGA